AAAAAGUCUCUUCUCUCCCCCUUUUCUUUUUAUCUCACAUAUCAAAGAGUGCCAAAUCAAAGACACUCAUGGAGUUAACAUGAUCAUAUCCUUCACUCAUCACAUAGAAAACUAGAACUCACAAUUUCUUCAACCUUCACAAACACACACACAAAAAAGAGACAAGUGAGAGAGAAAGAAAGAGAGGGACAAACAUAACAUAAACACUAGUGAGUAAGAGGUGAUGGGAAAUUACAGGUUCAAAUUGUCUGAUAUGAUGCCUAAUGCUUGGUUUUACAAACUAAGAGACAUGGAAAAAACAAGAAACCAAACACCAACAUCUCAACAACAUAGGAAGAAAAAACAAUCUUCAACUUCAACAACCUCAAACACAACAAACUUAUCAUCAUCAUCAUCAUCAAAAUCAAAGCAACCCUACCAAAUCAAUCCAAGAAAAUCUUACUACUUCACAAGAGAGCUUAACCAAACAAGCAACAGAAUCUACAACACUUCACCACUUUCACCUGAACCACCAAAACAAAGACCAAAAAGAAGAACACCAAAAGCUUCAUCAUCAUCAUCUUCACAUGAUUCUCCACUUGAUAGCUCUGCAGAAUCAGAAUCCCCUGACCCAGAAAUCAGAACAGACCGUGUUCUUCUUCCAACAAAUGACAUCAUAAUCGAUGUUGACAACAAUUCUCUUGUAGCAACAAGAAAAGACGAUAAGCUAAAAGGGUAUGAUUCCUUAUCAGAACUCAUGAAACUUCCACCAAUUGUUACCAAACCAGAGAAUCUCAGUUACUUGCUCAACUAUGCAAAGAAGAAAGAAACAAAACCCAGAAACAAAACUUCAUCCAAUGAUGAACACAACGUUAAAGGGUCACUAAAAGUCAAGAUUUUGAAGGAAGAACAGAGGAACACAAACACAAACACAAACACACCAAGUAGAAGAUUUUCUGUUAGUUCACCAGGUGUGAAACUCAGGAUCAAUUCACCGAGAAUUUCAAGCAAGAAAGUUCAAACACAUGGCCGGAAAAGCUUGUCGUCCGGUGGUAAUCGGAGAAGCCUUUCGGAUAGUUUCGCAAUUGUGAAGUCGUCGAUGAAUCCACAGAGAGAUUUCAGAGAAUCAAUGGUGGAGAUGAUUGUUGAGAACAACAUUAGAACAUCAAAGGAUUUGGAAGAUCUUCUAGCUUGUUACCUUUCUUUGAAUUCAGAUGAGUAUCAUGAAGUUAUUAUCAAAGUGUUCAAGCAAAUUUGGUUUGAUUUGACUGAUAAUAAGUAGAACAAGAUUAUUUAAGUUUAUGUUUCACACACAAAAUUCAUGUUCAUAAUCUUAGUGUGUGAGGAAUAUAUCUUGGUUGUUUAAUAGACUUUAGUGCUUAAAUGUUUCCAAUUAUGUGGAAAAGUGAAAUUGAAUGAUGAAACUAAGAGCAUAAUUUAAUGUACAAUGUUUGUAAUGGAAUUGAAUUGUAUACUUUUUUUUUUGGUUACUUGAAAUAAAACUUAAGUGAAUUGAGUUGUUUUA